GAGAUUAUCCAAGAUUAGAUAAGUGGCAAAAUCAAAGAUUGGCCAAUGUGUUCCUUUUUUCCCUUAAAAAACAAAUUCUGUUGCUCUUAUUCUAUUGCAAUUCUAAAGAUUGUCAGCACUUUUCAAAGGCAUAAAACAAUUGAUAUUUUUGCCGGCAAGAUCCGAUCUUACCGGAUUUGGAAGGAGUGGAGAUGAUCGGUAAGAGUUCUUAAGAAGAUGAAGAGCACGUUUAUCUUGUUCAUUUUCCCAGCUAAAACAUUCUUCCACAAGCGCAAAAAGUCGAUUCACAUAUUAAUAUGAAUCAAUAGACUGUGUAUUGCUGUGUUUUUUCUCUCGUUAUUGCAAUAAUCUGGGCACAAGGUUGCGAAAGAACGGAUUUUUCGUCGAAAUUUCAGGGUGGUGUGUUUAGCUUAUGAUUUAUUGGAUGUAUGCAUAGUCAUGUUCUCUGUUAUGAUGAAUUUGAUCAGUUGGGGGAAUUAGGGUUUGUAUUUCGCAUUGAGGGAUUUUGAAUAUUGGAAGUGUAGUAAAGGAUUAGAGAGGGGAAACUGGGGAAAAUGAGCCUUGGUGCUGCUGAGGGAGAAUCAGCAGCGGAAGAAAUCCACAUUCCAGCAGAUAUAGAAUGGCAAAUGUUGGAUAAAUCCAAGUUCUUCUUCCUCGGGGCAGCCUUAUUCUCGGGUGUCUCGGCUGCAUUGUACCCGAUGGUGGUGCUGAAAACGCGGCAGCAGGUUUCUCAGUCGCACGUUUCUUGUGUUAGGACUGGUGUUUGGAUAAUGAGGUAUGAAGGGAUCCGCGGAUUGUAUAGGGGAUUUGGGACUUCCUUGACCGGGACUAUCCCUGCCCGAGCUCUAUACAUGGCCGCGCUUGAGGUUACUAAGAGUAAUGUAGGAACCACCGCGACUAGGCUUGGAUUGCCUGAGCCUAGUGCGGCUGCUGUGGCCAAUGCGGCAGCUGGAUUGAGCGCUGCCAUGGCUGCGCAAGUGGUGUGGACGCCCGUUGAUGUGAUCAGCCAGAGGCUGAUGGCACAGGGCGGUGGAGGUGGUGGUGGUGGUGGUGUUAAAUACGCUAAUGGGGUGGAUGCGUUCGGGAAGAUUUUGAGGGCGGAUGGGAUCAGAGGGUUGUAUAGAGGGUUUGGGAUCUCGAUCUUGACCUAUGCACCAAGCAAUGCUGUUUGGUGGGCGUCUUACUCCAUGGCGCAGAGGGUGGUUUGGAGUGGGGUGGGGUGUUUGCUGUGCAAGAACGGGGAGGAGAGGGUCGAGAAUGGGGGGCUGAGGCCGGAUGCCAAGGCUGUGAUGGCGGUGCAAGGGGUGAGCGCUGCCAUGGCUGGAGGGGUGUCGGCCCUGAUCACGAUGCCGUUUGACACGAUCAAGACGCGCCUGCAGGUGUUGGACGGGGAGGACAACAACGGGAGGAAGGGGCCGAUCUUUGGGCAGACGGUGAGGAACCUGGUGAGGGAGGGUGGAUGGACUGCCUGUUACAGAGGGUUAGGGCCGAGGUGUGCGUCCAUGUCCGUCUCUGCAACGACGAUGAUCACCACCUACGAGUUCUUGAAACGCCUCUCGGCUAAGAAUCAAGAAGCUCUAACAUGAUGAAAGAAAACACACGCGAAAAAAAUCAAGUAUUCUCUAAAGAUUUUGGUUUCAUUCUAACCUUUGUGUCUCUUUUCUAUUGCUUGUAAAUACCUACUUUUAUUAAAGUCGUCUCCAAAGAUAAGGCAACUAGCGUAGAACCUUUCCUUUGUAAGAUAUCACGAACUUCGGUUCAUCAUUAGUGAAAUUUAAACUCAUAA